GGGAUGGAGGGUAUAAAGAUCGUUUUACACGAAAGAGACCUAUGGAUGAAGUUUCACGAAGUUGGGACUGAAAUGAUCAUCACCAAAGCUGGCAGGAGGAUGUUUCCGAGCUACAAGGUGAAGGUUUCUGGACUGAACCCCAAAACACGGUACAUUCUUCUGAUGGACGCCGUACCCGCGGACGACCACCGCUACAAGUUCGCUGACAAUAAAUGGUCUGUGACGGGAAAAGCAGAGCCUGCCAUGCCUGGCAGACUGUAUGUCCACCCAGACUCACCGGCAACUGGAACCCAUUGGAUGAGGCAGCUUGUCUCCUUCCAGAAGCUCAAACUGACCAACAACCACCUGGAUCCUUUUGGACACAUUAUAUUGAACUCCAUGCACAAGUACCAACCGAGAAUCCACAUCGUGAAAGCAGAUGAAAACAAUGGAUUUGGGUCCAAAAACACAGCCUUCUGUACGCAUGUGUUUCCAGAAACAGCUUUCAUUGCCGUCACAUCAUAUCAAAACCACAAGAUCACCCAGCUGAAGAUUGAAAACAAUCCCUUUGCCAAAGGCUUUCGAGGAAGCGAUGACAUGGAGCUGCACCGGAUAUCCAAAAUGCAAAGCAGUAAGGAGUACCCACUGGUGCCACGCAGCACUCUGAGCCAGAGGCCACUUCCUGGUCCGAACCCCUUCAGGGUGGCGGUGCGGGGUGCAGUCUCUGUCAGCAGCCUUGAUUCACAGUACCCAUGCCAGAACAGGGUUAAGAACACACCGCCAAGGCUACUGACCCAUUCGUACCCUGUCACCCAUGAGCGCCAGCAUGAGUUCCUCCAAGACUACCAAUGUACAAGGAGAAAAGCGGAUGCAAACUGUCACGCAGGAGACCACCUGUACAAGAAGUCCUACAUGGAGGCUUCCCCAACAGAUGAUGACCAGUACUUUCGGCCAGCUGGAUACUCCCUUGGCUUCAGUGGGAUCCCUUACCAGACAGAGACAACCCAACAGCAGGCGUGCAGGUACGCCGGCACCCCCCAGGUGGUUGAACAUACUCACAUGCAGGAGGACAUCAACUGUGGAACCUGGGGGGGAGUAUCACCUUAUGCCAGCUGCCCACCACCACUGGGGGGUCUACCUUGCCAGCAUCUUUCCACUCACUUUGGCCCAGGCUCCCCUCUGAGCACACACAUCCCGCCCCAUUUUUCUGGAGACACUCACACCUCAUUCCCGAGCCCAACACCCCAACAGCCCCUAAUUCAGCACUGUGGCCCCAGUGAAUACACCCGAUCACCCAUAGCCAGUCACCAGGGCUCUGAGUACAUGUAUUCCCAGGGCAUGGCCCAUACCCCCUCUCCCCACCAAUACCGCCACACGGUGUCCAGUGUGGGCAUCACAUUCGACUGGAGCGAGAAUAGCUAG